CGAAAAUACUGUACACCCUGAAGCUUUGAGGACGCGUGGAAUCACGGAGUGCGAGAUAAAGUUGCCAUGUGGUCCUCAUUCAUGCGGGAAGAUGAGGGGCGAGCAGCGGGCGGGGCUGGGGGCGGGUCCAGCGGACUGACAGCAAUGAUGGGGCCGCGCGCAGGCACGGGCAAACGCCGGGCGGUAAAGAGCUCCAGAUUCAGCGACAGUCAGGAAGGGCAAAUCAAGCUGGUGUUUUUCCUGGCUAUCAUUGGCGUGACACUCACUGUCUUGGGCAUGGGCACGGAAUUCUGGGUGGAGCUGGCCCCGCCCAAGAGACUCUCCAACAACGAGACCUGUCUGAUGGCACAUUAUGGCCUGUGGAAGGGCUGUCUGAAGACACUGUGGGCAACAGACAUCGACCCAGAGAGGGAGAGCUGUGGGCCUGCCAGCCUGCCUGGAGAAUCAAACUGUACAUACUUCAAGUACUUUACCUCAGGUGAAGAGGCGGUUAUGUUUAAGAAGACGACACAUAAGAGUCUGAGCAUGGCAACAGCUGUCCUGGCUCUCCUCAGUCUCCUGAUGAUUGUGACAGCUGCGGUCUGCAUCACCAUGUCCCUCAGUAAAGGAGAGGUGUUCUUCCUCAAGCCUGCGUCCGUGUGCUUCAUCCUCUCAGGCCUCCUGGUCCUGCUGUCUCUCAUCCUCUUCCACCAGUCGGUCCUUUCCUUCCUGGCCAGUGACCACUCUGUCCCGCUUCAUCACGAGUUCUCCUGGUCUGUUUCCUGUGUGGGUGUGGGAGCUGCCAUCUUAAUUCUGGCUGGAAUCCUCUUUUUGCUGUUCAUCCUCCCAUAUAACCCCUGGGAAAGGUGCCUACCUCACUAUCACAGUGACACCUAGUGGCAUGGAGGAGUGCGUGGAUUUUUACUGUUUUAAAUUGUGUUAUAUUGCUCAGUGGGAAGUACUGUAGGCUGAUAAACUAACCAAUCAAUAAGAAUGUAUUCACUAAAAAUACAGAAAUUAUUGCAUAGGAACUCACCCCAUUAUCUAGAUAAUAUAUGGAACUAAACAGAGUUGGCAAAUAAGGAAAAGACUUGAAUAAAUGCUCUAUGGAACCUCAAAAUAUGACAAAUAAUUAUGUAUGACAAAAUAAUUAAGUUUAAGUGAGCCAUACUCUUAUUCUGUGAUCCACACAACAAACCGGUUUAUAUCUAUAUGUAGUGAAACUCGACUGGUAAAACUAGGACUGAUGCUUCCUCUUGCAUAACUACCCUACAAGAUAUAGCUAACUUUGAGAUUUACGCUUCAGUAUUGUGUAUAUAUGGUUAAUACUUGACAAGCCUUGCAUUACCAAGGGUCUGGGUGAGAUAUAGAAUUUUUAGCGGGGUGUG